UGCAGUACUCUCCCCUGCAAUAUGCCCUGUGGGGCUGUGCUCAUUUACUUUUAAGACAAUAGAGAAACAAGAACAAAAAAUUAAGUGGGAUUUCAUAUCUUAUAACAACAUAGAAUAAUCAAGGAUGUCUGAUCAGGAAGUGAGCAACAAGCAAGUGGCUUUGAAAAACUAUGUCACAGGGUUUCCAAAGGAGUCUGACAUGCAAAUUAUUACAACUAAUACUAUAAAACUUAGAGUACCAGAAGGGACUAAAGAUGCAGUUCUUGUCAAGAAUCUUUACCUGUCUUGUGAUCCAUAUAUGCGUGAACGCAUGUCUGCUGGUGAUGGCGGUUUUUCCUCCUUCGAACUUGGAAAGCCUCUAACUGGAUAUGGAGUGGCUAAAAUCUUGGAUUCUACUCAUCCUAACUACAAGAAAGGAGACUUAGCUUGGGGUUUUACUGGCUGGGAAGAGUACAGUCUCAUUGUAUCACCACGAAUUUUGAUCAAAAUCGAGCACGCUGACGUGCCCCUAUCAUACUAUACAGGAAUUCUAGGUAUGCCUGGUAUGACUGCUUAUGCUGGUUUUUAUGAAAUUUGCACUCCAAAGAAAGGAGAGUAUGUUUACAUAUCUGCAGCAUCUGGAGCUGUUGGCCAGAUUGUUGGCCAAUUUGCAAAAUUGUCAGGUUGCUAUGUUGUGGGUAGUGCCGGAUCUAAAGAGAAGGUUGAUCUGCUUAAGAACAAGUUUGGAUUUGAUGAGGCUUUCAACUACAAGGAAGAGCCAGACUUGACCGCAGCUCUUAAAAGGUAUUUCCCUGAAGGCAUUGAUAUUUACUUUGAGAAUGUUGGGGGUAAAAUGCUCGAUGCGGUGUUAGCAAACAUGAGGACCCUUGGUCGCAUUGCUGCGUGUGGAAUGAUUUCUCAGUACAAUCUCGAAAAGCAUGAAGGUGUCCAUAACUUGACGCUUAUCGUGUGGAAACAAAUUCGCAUGCAGGGAUUCCUAGCUGCUAGCUAUUAUCACCUCUAUCCCAAGUUUCUGGAAAUGGCUUUACCUUACAUCAAGCAAGGGAAGAUAGUAUAUGUGGAAGAUAAAGCAGAAGGCCUUGAAAGUGGUCCAACAUCUCUACUAAGCUUAUUCACCGGCCAAAAUGUAGGAAAGAAGUUGCUAGUUGUUGCUCGUGAGUGAUGUCAUUAAGCACUGUUUUUAAGCUUCCUAGGUCCUUAAUGCAUAUAUAUCCUUUGAGCUUUCCAGGCUUCCCAUGGACAAGAACUUAAAUAAUGAUGAAGGCUUUUCUGGCUUUCCAUGGACAA